CGGCGGUCCCGCCCCACGCGGGCGGUGUCCCGGAGCCCGGCCCCGGCGGGUGCAUGACCGCGGCCGAGCGGGGAGAGCGCGGCGGGGUCGGGGCGGCUGCCGGAGUGCGGAGCGCCGGGCGAGUAGCGCGGAUACUUGUGAAAGAUGGUGGAUCGCUUGGCAAACAGCGAGGCAAAUACCAGAAGAAUAAGUAUAGUGGAAAACUGCUUUGGAGCAGCUGGUCAGCCUUUGACUAUCCCUGGUCGCGUUCUCAUCGGAGAGGGAGUACUAACGAAGCUGUGUAGGAAGAAGCCCAAAGCGAGGCAGUUCUUCCUGUUCAAUGACAUUCUUGUUUAUGGUAAUAUUGUCAUCCAGAAGAAGAAAUACAAUAAACAGCACAUAAUCCCGCUGGAAAACGUCACCAUCGAUUCCAUCCAGGAUGAGGGAGACUUGCGGAAUGGGUGGCUCAUCAAGACGCCUACUAAGUCUUUUGCAGUUUAUGCUGCCACUGCUACAGAGAAGUCUGAAUGGAUGAACCAUAUAAAUAAGUGCGUUUCUGAUUUGCUUUCCAAGAGUGGGAAGACUCCUAGCAAUGAGCAUGCGGCUGUCUGGGUGCCAGACUCAGAAGCCACUGUCUGCAUGCGUUGUCAGAAAGCAAAAUUUACCCCCGUCAACCGUCGGCACCACUGUCGCAAGUGCGGCUUUGUCGUCUGUGGGCCUUGCUCUGAGAAGAGGUUCCUUCUCCCCAGCCAGUCUUCCAAGCCCGUGAGGAUUUGCGACUUCUGCUAUGAUCUUCUUUCUACUGGGGAGAUGACUGCUUGUCAGUCCACGAGAUCGGACUCCUACAGCCAGUCGCCUAAGUCUUCUUUAAAUGAUGCAUCUGAUGAUGAUGAUGAUGAAGACAGUAGUGAUUAAAGACCAAACGUUUGUGUUUCAGACCGUAUGGAGCUGCUUUUGGGGAAGCUUGUAGCAAGGUUCCCUGAAAAAAUCCUGUUCUAGCCAUAAAAUAUGCCUGAAUAUCUUCAAUUGCGAUGUGCCUCGAUCUAUGAGUUCUCUAGACGAUAGAUUUUUCACUCCUCUGCAGGGAUAGACUGUUGUAAAUGUUAUCAGAUUGUUUUCCAGUUUCUUAUACUUGAGUUAUGCCUAGGUUAGACUUCUGUGGAAGAUUGGAAAAUAGAAAGUACUUUCUUAAUUUCACAACCCACGCUUCCUAAUGUUUCAUAUCAAUAUGUUAUGUGGGGUUGGUUUUCUUUUUUUUUUGGUAUGGAGAGGGAAACUGUAAGCAUGCUUAGAACAGUGAUGUUUUGGUUAAUCCUGCAAACCAUCUGUUCUUUCUAAACAUGGUAUGUGAUGAGUUGAAAUGUGACAUGAUUACAAACCUCAGUGUCACAGAACUUGGGAACUUUCUUGUUUUGCUCUUAUUUAUGACCUCCUAUGCCAAGCAGUGCCUUGUAACACUUGUGCUGAUUCAGGAAGAAACAAUCCUAUUCGGUGUUGUCUGUAUUCACCUGAUGCUGGUGUCUGAGAUUGUUGGUGCUAUAGAGAAUAACUGCUGUGUUCAAAGCAGAGCUCUCAGCUGCACACCCACAGGCUGAGGGGAACUGGACCCCACGCCCUCACUGCUCAGGCAGCCCCAAAGCUGCCCAACCCUGUGGGCUUCGAUGGGGUUCUCUCCACAGGAGCUGUGCUGUGGGCUGGGACUUGGGGAUGAGAAGCUGAGAGUGACUUUUCACAGGGACAUCCACACUCUUUCUUCUCAGAGCAGGUUAGAAGUUUAAAAUCUGGCAAAUGCAUACUGAGAUUUUAGUGGGGCGAUAAAGCAUUUUGCUGUGAUAACUUAUAUUUUUGGAGUUAUUUCCCAAAUGUGACACUAACUUGUUUCUUAAAACAUUGAUGAGAGGUUUUUUUUUUCCCACUUUCUUCCCAAAUCUUACUGGCUUUGUAUAAGAAUAAUGUUCAAAUCUUGAACAAGCAGCCUGCAAAUCUGCAUAUGAAAUUGGCUUUCCUUUGUACACAGCUGACCUCAGGAUACGUGUGAGAUGCAAGUUGUUUCCUUCUAAACGUGUACCCAAGGACCAAGAAAGAUGUAUUUAAGAACUAUAAUAGUGCAGAAAAUGUCUCUACCAUAGUAUUCAUUUUUAUUCUUAAUUAUAAAUGUCAUGUUCCUAUGUAUAUGUAAAGGUUAGACUUGUAAAAACAUGUUAGCCCCUCUCCCCCAAAUUCUAUGUUUUUAUAUUUUUAUAAAGGUAAUGUCAAUUUUGAAGGGGAAAAAUAUCUUUGAAAUAGAUGUAUGAAUAUAAUAGCAACUGACUUUAUACAAAAAAAAAGGUUAAACUUUUGUGUAUCUUUAAGUGACAGUUUCUGCACUGUUUGCCUUGGCUGGCAAUAAUUGGGUUAAAUAUUUAUUGAAUAAACAAUCAAUGCUGCAUAUUGCA